CAAUAUCCUAGUAACCAUUGUAAGUACACAAAAACGCUGAAAGGGCAACUUCCGGCUGGUGUGAACUUUAAAUAAAUAAUUCAUCCCGCGCGUUAAUUAAACCAAGAGAACGUUUGAAAUGAAGAAAAACAUCGGAGCCGUAAAGCAGGGGGGCAAACAAUCCCCGCAUUAAAAUCAUCAUCGUUAUAUAGGGCAGACAUUACAGAGAGGCUCAGGCUAGCCGGAGAGAGCUAACAGUCACACCUGCUCAGAUCUGCCCGUGCGCACGGCACACUGUACACUGUAAAUGCCCACCAGCAUUUAUUACCAAAACAUCUAUCCCAUGCUGUAAUCUGCGAAUGACUGCAUAAAUCUCAGCGACCAUGGACUCUAAGAGGGAAAAGGACAAUGAUACAGAAUGUGCAAAGAUCACCACCGUGCUUCUGAAAUCCCGCACUGGGGAGUUCGAUUUGGAGUCCAUUUUGUUUCUUAAACUGAGGAAUUUAGGAAUUUAUGAUCUUGGAUGUAUAGGAGAGUGUGUAAACCUGGAGAGGCUGGACCUCUCUGGAAAUAACAUCACAAAUCUGGGGCCUCUUUCACCUCUACGAAGACUUCUCGUUCUUAACUUGUCAGCUAAUAGAAUCUCAAAUUUAGAACCCCUUUCCAGCUGUGAAAGUUUACAGAGUUUGAAUGUUGCUGGUAAUGUGAUACCAAGUGUUGAUAAUGUUCAUGCCCUCAAGUCUUUAAGAAAGCUGGAGAGCAUCAGACUGAAGGACAACACCUAUAAUUACACCAAUCCAGUCUGCAAGAGUUCAUCAUACCGAACUAUUAUUCUUGAAAUGUUUUCAAACUUGAAAGUGUUGGAUGGUGAAAGGGUGGUGGGACGUGGAAGUGACUUAUAUCAACUAUGCAAAGACAUUGAUGAUACAAUUAAAGCAGGCAUGUAUAAAAAUGGCCAACUGCCUGAGGUGCCAGAGACCAAACCUUGGGUGGAUGAUGGUUUUUGGGAGAUAAAGAGAUCAAACAAUGCCAUUGUUGAUGAAGCCUAUAAACAGUUCAGUGAUGUUCUUCAUGAAUGUAGGCUCCUGAAUAGUCGAGCAGCACAUGUGAUCUCACAAAACGAACGGACCUUCAGCCUCAAGAACCAACCAAAGCAGUAUGCCGUUUGAAUCUGGGAAUAUCUCCAUCUAAUUAUGUUUCCAUAAGAAUGCAUCUGUUUUCCACAGCUUUUUCUAUGUAUUUUUAAAUGUCCAUAAGCUUGAUGCAUCACCGGUGCCAGAAAUCUAAAAUGCUCCGUGUUGCCUGCAGUGUGAGGGUUUAGUUUUUGUAACUACUCUUGAGUUCUUUCUGAUUUUCCACCGUUCAAAGCAGUGGUUCUCAAUCAGGGUGCUGCAAUGAACUUCCAAGAGGGGCUCAGAUGACUUGAAAUUAAGCUAAACAACAACAAAAUCAAGAUAUAUCUUUGUAUUUGGUUAUUUUUAUAUCGAAGAUACACAGAUGAGCCAAAACAUGACCACCUGCCUAAUAUGUUGUUGGUCCUUCG